GUGCGGGCUCCUCGUCGCAGUCCUCGCAGCGGCUCUUGUCGCCCGGAACGCGCACCACGUUGGCAGCCAGCAGCACAGGCAUCACCCCACGAGGUUUGCGCCGUUCCCCGUGGUCUCUAUCAUCCGAAAGAAGCACGGUGGCCCCGGCGCCUCCUGCGCCUCCUGCGCCUCCUGCGCCUCCUGCGCCUGUGAGCUCGCGACAGCAGCCGGCGCCAGGGACCUCAAAGAGCUCGUCUCAGUCACGGUUACAGACUGACAAGAAUGCAUCGCCACGUUUGCCGAAAGCUUCCCAGAACCGGAGAUGCCAGAGCACGUCAGCACUGGAGGUGGCACAUGACCAAGGGUAUACCUGGCCCGCGGCCGCGCAGUGCUGGAAGGUUCUUGAGCUGAUGGCACCCAUGAAGGCUGCCAUAGAAGCCACGGUGAACCCGGCAAGGCAGGGCAGUGUGGCCCAGCCGCAGGCGGCCGAUGUGGAGAAGCUGCGCCAGCAUUGCGCUGUCAUGACGGCAGCUGCUGCGGAGCUACAGCAGGUCCUGAGCCAAGAUACCAGGACAGCCGAGACCUCUGAUGGUGGCACUGGCGGCUGCUUCGUGCCAAAAUCGCAGAAUUCAAGUGCCAACGCCGUCCAAGCGAAGCAGCGAUCAGAGGCCGAAGUCCUACAGCUAGAGGAGACUUGCCAAAAGCUGAAGGACGAGGUCGCCAGCCUAGAGGGCCAAGGAGCCAGAGCUGACGACUUGGAGGAGGCGGGUGCUUGA